CGCCAAUUAGACUUGGCUGUGAACGGAACUGCAAACGAAAAUUUCGCAAUAAUUCUGCCGUGUAAAAGUCGUAAUAACGCAUUUUCUUUAAAAUGGCAAAUGUUACUUGUGGAGCGAAUGUGAUUUGGUUCCGUCAUGGCCUGCGACUCCAUGAUAAUCCCGCUUUGCUGUCUGCCCUCGCCGACAAGGAUCAGGGUAUAGCCCUAAUACCCAUUUUCAUAUUCGAUGGCGAGAGUGCAGGUACCAAAGAUGUCGGCUACAAUCGUAUGCGCUUUCUGCUGGACUCGCUGCAGGAUCUUGAUGGUAAAGUUCAGCAGGCCACUGAGGGUCGGGGACGUUUGCAUAUAUUCCAGGGUCAACCCAAGGAGAUAUUCCGUCGUCUUCAUCAGCAACUGCAGCUGAAGAAGAUCUGUUUCGAGCAGGAUUGUGAGCCAAUUUGGAGUCAAAGGGAUGCUUCGGUGAAAUCUCUAUGCCAGGAACUGGGCAUAGAGUGGGUUGAAAUGGUCUCGCAUACUCUAUGGGAUCCUCAUACUGUAAUUGAGACUAAUGGUGGUAUUCCCCCCUUGACAUAUCAAAUGUUUCUACACACAGUUGAGAUUAUUGGACUGCCACCGCGACCAACUAAUGACCCUAACUGGAAUAAUGUUGGCUUCGUUGAGAUCUCUCAGGAAUUGCAAAGGGAGCUGAAAUACUUACAGCACUUCCCCACGCCGGAAUACUUUAAUAUCUAUUGUGAUAAUAUGGGCUAUUUGGCCAAGAUCAAUUGGCGUGGUGGCGAGACUGAGGCCCUGUUGUUGCUCCAGGAGCGUCUCAAAGUGGAGCAAUCGGCCUUUGAGAGGGGCUAUUAUCUACCCAAUCAGGCCUUGCCAAAUAUAUUGGAUACGCCCAAAUCGAUGAGUCCCCAUUUGCGUUUCGGUUGCCUUUCAGUGCGCCGAUUCUAUUGGAAUGUUCAUGAUCUCUUCAAGAAUGUCCAGCUGCAAGCCUGUGUGCGAGGUGUCCAAAUGACAGGCGGAUCCCAUAUAACUGGGCAGUUGAUAUGGCGAGAGUAUUUCUAUACCAUGUCGGUGAAUAAUUCCAAUUAUGAUCGCAUGGAUGGCAAUGAGAUUUGCUUGAAUAUCCCAUGGUCCAAGCCGCAUGAGGAGAAACUGGAGCGUUGGCGUUUGGGUCAGACGGGAUUCCCGUUGAUCGAUGGCGCCAUGCGGCAACUGUUGGCCGAAGGUUGGCUUCAUCAUACGCUGCGCAAUACGGUUGCCACUUUUCUGACCCGUGGCGGACUCUGGCAGAGUUGGGAGCACGGUGUACAGCAUUUCCUAAAGUACCUACUCGAUGCCGAUUGGUCUGUAUGUGCCGGCAAUUGGAUGUGGGUGUCGAGUUCGGCAUUCGAGAGGCUAUUGGAUUCAUCGCUGGUUACCUGUAGUCAGGCCAUGGCCAAGCGUUUGGAUCCCGAUGGCUUGUAUAUCAAGCAGUAUGUGCCGGAAUUGCGAAAUGUCCCCAAGGAGUAUAUUCAUGAACCAUGGCGCAUGUCUGCUGAGGAUCAGGAGCGUUAUGAGUGCUUGAUAGGAGUUCAUUAUCCAGAGCCCAUAAUCGAUCUAUCGUUGGCUCUUAAACGGAACACUUUGGCCAUGACCAAUCUAAGAAAUUCGCUGAUAACACCACCGCCGCAUUGCAGACCCUCCAAUGAGGAGGAAGUGCGUCAGUUCUUUUGGUUGGCAGAGUCCAUGUAAUGUACAGGGAUUUUCUAAUGGAAUACCAAUUGUUAUCUUUCAAAUAAAUAAUUAGCCAAAUUAGCAUUUAA